AUGUGAGGAGGGGCUCUGCUAGAACCUGUGUCCAGCACUCCAGUCACCCCAGCAUCUGGUGGGCAGGUACCCCAGAGGGCUUGGCAUCUGUGACCCCACAUCCUGCAGCAGGGCCUCUCUGGCUCUCCAGCCAGCUAGGGGAAACCUGGGCCCUCCUCUGCAUGCCCACCCUCCCCUAACCCCGUCGCAUCCGAGCUUGGGUGGCCAGGAUGGGGUCCCGCGGCGCUCUGCUCCUCAUGGGAGCAGGGGAUCUCACUGCUGGGCUCGCACGGGAUACAAGAGGCCCUGGGGGGAAUGCCUGGAGGGCCCGCCUCAGCUCAGCCGCCACUGCUCUGCAGUAUGACCAGUGGACCAUCUCCAAGGCCUGCGGGAAAAACGUGCCCUUGCGGCUGGCGCACUGCCGCAGCACCAUGGAGGUAACCAGGCACGUGGGGCCUCGAGACCCAACCCUGCCCUCCCUGCCAGCGCACCCCGCCACUAGAUGUUGCCGAGCGGAUGAGGGACGGAGCAGGUGCCCAGCCCCAGGGUCCCUGUGGGGUUGCCACGAGCCUCCACCCGCCUACUGCUGGCGGGCUCCGUGGCGGCCCCCUGCGCACCCACGCGCGGUUGGUGCCCUUCCCGACCCAGGUGGCGCAGGAGAAGCUGCGCAAGUACGUCUUCGACCGUGUGAACGCGCACAACCUGCUGAUCCACCUGGUGCGGCGGCGCGGGGAGAAGUUGGAGAGCAUGCAUCUGGAGCUGGCCAGCCUGCGGAGCCAGCCGGACGCCAGCAAGGAGGAGCGGCGGCUGCUGCAGAUCAUCCGCCAGCUGGAGAACAACAUCGAGAAGACAAUGAACAAGAUCACCACCAGCCAGAACAUCCACCUGCUGUACUUGGACCUGCUGGAUUACCUGAAGAAAGUGCUGGCUGGAUACCCCACCGAGCUGGACAAGCUGCAGAACCUGGCGGUCACCUACUGCUCGGAGCUGUCAGAUAUGAAGAACAUGUCCCAAGACGCCAUGAUGAUCACAGAUGAGGUUAAGAGGAACAUGAGACAAAAGCAGGUGUCCUUCAUCGAGGAGCGCAGGGCCAGGGAGAACUGGCUCAACCAGCAGAGGAAGCUGAUCGACAAGAUCCACACGAAGGAGACCAGUGAGAAGUACCGGCGGGGCCAGAUGGACUUGGACUUCCCCUCGAAUCUGAUGAGCAUGGAGAUCCUGAAAUUGAGGAGAAAGGAGACCUCCACGGCAGACAUGGAAUACCAGACGCUCGUGACUGCGAUGGUGGAGAAGGUCAAGAGCGCUGUGCGAUGCUCUCACAUCUGGGACAUUGCUGGCCGCUUCCUGGCCCAGAGGAACACAGAGGAGAACCUGGAGCUGCAGCUGGAGGACUGCGAGGAGCGGCGCCUGCAGCUGAAGGGCCUGCUGAAGCAGCUGGAGCUGGAGGAGGCUGUGCUCAAGUUCCACCAGAGGCCCAGCUCCAUCAGCUUCAAGGCCCUUGAGAAGAAGAUGACAGACAUGUUGAAAGAGGAAGAAGAGAGGCUGCAGCACAUGCACAGCAACACGACCAAGGGCCAGAAGCUGCUGCUGACCAUCCAGAUGGGCGUGGACAACCUCUAUGCCCGGCUGAUGGGCAUCCCCUUGCCCUCCGCCCAGGCCAACACGAAGGUGAAGGACGUCCUGGAGUCCUCGACUCUGAAGGAGAAAUACAACACCAGGAUCAGCUUCGAGGACCGGGAGGAGGACAUGAUCGACACCUUCCAGUUCGCGGACGUGGACCACAGCUACGUCCCGUCGCGCGCCGAGAUCAAGAGGCGGGCGCAGCGGCUGAUCGAGGGGAAGCUCAAGGCGGCGAGGAAGAAGAAGAAGUAGCCCCGCCCGGCCCGCUCCCCACUUUGUUACACAAAUAAACACUUUCCAGGA